ACCCAUUUUAUUUAAAGGAAUCUGAAAUCGGAGUUUUUCUCUCUCUUCGCGAUCUGCAAUUCUGCACCAAACGCACCUCGCCAAGGAAAGAAAAGAGAAGGGAAAACAUUGAAUUUUGCAAACUAAAAUGGCUUCUGGAGAUGAUCGCGACCACUUGGCUGAAUCACUCAAUGACCUAUUCACCAAUGUCUCAAAGAUGGUCAAGGGCGAGCUUCAGGAAACUAACAAUCUACUCGAACUUUUGGAGAGAAUGAAUAUACGAGUUGCUGAAGAGUAUAAAGGCUUUGGUGAUGUGGCUUCCGGGCUGAGAGUUUUUGUUGAGCAGCUCAAGUCCAAAAGCGGUAGCUUUGACGAGUAUGUGCAGCAGAUUGAUUCAAUAGAGGGGCAAGUAACUGAACUUGAAGCUGUAGUAUCUAUGCUUGAUAAGUAUGUUUCUUUGUUGGAAUCAAAAGUUCAGUCUGUGUACCAUACUCCACCUUCAUGAUGACUACACCUUUUAAAUCCUCAUAUUGUUCAUUAAUUUUACUCUUUCUUAGGGUGUGUUUGGUUCAUGGGAUUAGACCCGAGGAAUGGAAAUGGAAGUCAUACAGAUUGUUUGGUUGA